CUGAGCAGGUUUAGUGCUUGCUUCCACUAAGAGUGUGUUGCCGCGUGCAGGGGUUACGCCCCUGAGCGCGAGAGAUAAAUGCUAAGAUCCUUUGGCUCGCGAGUUGCAAGUUGCUCUCAUUCCCCGCUCGCGCAUGACGCGUAUCUGCUCUGAAGGCAGUCGCGUUAUCUUCAGGUCCCUUCAGAGAGCCACAAUCUCAAGUCUCCUCGUGCUUACUUUUUGUCUGCUACAUCUUCGUCUUCAGCUCAACAUGUCCACCGGCUCCAUCAGCGAUGUGGACGAAUUUCACGAGUCUGAGCUGCUGGAUGGUCUUUUGAAAUUCGGUUCCGGUAAAGAUCCGGGGACGUCAAACGAGAGCACGGAGGACAGUUCCAACUGCGAAGGGGCAUCGGUUACCGAAUGUACGGGGAAAAGGCGCAAAUCGGCCGCCAUGCGUAAAUCGGCACCUAAUGGCGUGGCCCAGGAGGGCAAGCAGGUCCAAAGGAACGCGGCGAACGCGCGCGAGAGGGCGAGGAUGCGCGUGCUGAGCAAAGCCUUCUCCCGGUUGAAGACGACGUUACCGUGGGUUCCGCCGGACACCAAACUCUCCAAGCUGGACACGCUGCGGCUGGCCUCCAGCUACAUCGCGCACCUGCGACAAAUACUCGCCAACGACAAAUACGAGAACGGCUACAUACAUCCAGUCAACCUGACGUGGCCCUUUAUGGUGGCGGGCAAACCGGAAAACGAACUCAAAGAAAUGCUGAAUUCUACACGUUUAUGUGGGACUACAGCGUCCUGAGGCACCCGAUGGACUUAAAACAAGGACCUAUUUGAAAUAUUUUAAUUAAACAAAA